AUGGUAUAUCCUGGCAUUGCUGACGUUACAGAAUUAAUUAAAGUGGCUCGGCCCGCAAGGGAGACCGUACCACCGCCUCUCGGUCUUAUGGGUUGCGAUGCAUCGUUACUGAUAAACUCCACUGAGGCGGAGAAAGACGCUGGUGCAAGAGUACGAGGAUUUGAUUUCAUCGACAAGGUGAAGGAAAGGCUUGAAGCAGCGUGCCCUUCCACGGUGUCAUGUGCUGAUAUCAUAACACUAGCCACCAGAGACGCCGUGGCUCUGGCCGGAGGACCCAAAUAUGAGGUUCACACCGGGCGACGUGACGGGCUCGUCUCUAGAAGCAGGGAGGUUGCUUUGUCAGGACCAGGUAUCUCAGUGCAGAAUCUUGGAUUUCUUUGCCAGGAAGGGAAUCGGACGACAAGACAUGGUGAGCCUUAUGGGUGGAAACACGGUGAGAAAGGCGUUUGGUAG